UCCAGAAAAGGAACCCGCAGCCUCUCUUCUUGUCUCUGCUCCUCCGUCGUCGUCUGCAUCUCCCACAAGAUUUGAUUCUGAGUCAUUACCAUGUUCUUGGGAUGAGUUAAACUAUCAGAGACUGAGAAAGCGCACGGAGCUCUGAGACUCUCGAUUGUCUGUUUCAGGAUGAUACAGACCAUGCUGCUCCUGCUGCCGAUAUUGUACCUGAGCUUUCAACUUCAUCGUAUAGCAGCUUUAUUCACGGUGACAGCCCCUAAGGAGGUGUACGUAGUAGACUUCGGCGGCAGUGUGAGCCUGGAGUGCGAUUUUGACCGAAGAGAAUGCACUGAAGUGGAAGGGGUAAGGGCCAGUUUGCAGAAGGUAGAAAACGAGACUUCUUCACAAAGUGAAAGAGCCACCCUGCUGGAGGAGCAGUUGGCCCUGGGAAAGGCUUUGUUCCACAUCCCCAGUGUCCAAGUGAGAGACUCGGGGCAGUACCGUUGCCUGGUCAUCUGUGGGGCCGCCUGGGACUACAAGUACCUGACGGUGAAAGUCAAAGCUUCUUACAUGAAGAUAGACACUAGGAUCCUAGAGGUUCCGGGGACAGGGGAGGUGCAGCUCACCUGCCAGGCUAGAGGUUACCCCCUAGCAGAAGUGUCCUGGCAAAAUGUCAGUGUUCCUGCCAAUACCAGCCACAUCAGGACCCCUGAAGGCCUCUAUCAGGUCACCAGUGUUCUGCGCCUAAAGCCUCAACCUAACAGAAACUUCAGCUGCAUGUUCUGGAAUACUCACACGAAGGAGCUGACUUCAGCCACCCUUGACCCUCUGAGUUGGAUGGAACACAAAGUCCCCAGAACGUGGCCACUUCAUAUUUUCAUCCCAGCCUGCACCAUUGUUUUGGUCUUCCUAGCCAUAGUGAUAGUCCAGAGAAAGAGGCUCUGGGGAAAGCUGUAUUCUAGAAAAAGAUCUGAACCUGUGGUCUUGGGAGUUGGGAUGAUCUGAUGGGAAAUCCUCAAGAGACUUCUGGACUCAAAGUGAGAAUCUUGCAGAACCAUUUACACUUUUUGAAUGCUUUGGAUGAUGACCCAGUGCUCCGAUCAGGAGCUUGCAGGACUGACAGCCUUCCCUUCUGUCUCAAGACUCUCUCUGAACAAGCACAACCACAAUGGCACUUUAAAGUCACCUCUGGGAUCCUGGACCCUGGUGAGGGCCUGAGGCCCCUCCUGGCUGCCAGGGUGAGAGCAAAAGGAAUUGUUCCUUGUCCCCCGCCCUGCCCCCACUACUGCUUUCCGAAGGGAGACAUGGAAAUUCUCAGCUACUAAAAUAAAUUAUCAAUAGAGUUA